AUGACGAUGACGUCGACACCAACAACAGAGGGCACUACACCGGCGCCGUCUGCCGGAACAGCAACGACAGCAAGCAUGACAACGUCACCAACUACGUCAGCUAGCCCGACUGAAAGUUCUACAUCAAGCACAACCGCAGGAACGACGAUGAAUCCUCCCGUACCGCCAGAGAGUACUACAGCACCGCCAUCUGCCAGCACCACACAAGCAACAAGCACGACAAUGUCAACAACAGGUGUAACUACAGCGGCAACCGAAACGACAGAGGGUUUUGCAGUAACUACAGCAACAGCAACGGCGGAAAGUACGCCAGGCACACCUUCCGUGUCUUCCAUAUCAACGACAGUUGGAACAACCACUACAGCUGUAACUACGGCAGGAACAAGCACCACUGGUAUGACAGAAAGAUCUGCAGCAAGUACAACUGAAGAAGUGACAAUGACUUCGACACUAAUAUCAGAGAGCACUACACUGGCGCCGCCUGCCGGAACAGCAACGACAGGCACAUCAGAAACGCCAGCAGGUUCGACAUCAAGCACGACAGCGACGCCAGGACGUACGACAGCAUCGCCACCAAAUACGCCAAUGGCAACCUCGGAAUCUACAGAAUUAACGACAGUUAGUGCCGCCACAGCAACGACAGGUACACCAGAAACAACAACAGCUAGCAGGACAGGAAGUUCUACAGCAAGUACAUACUCAGCGACGACGGUGACACCAACGACAACAUCAACUAACACUCCACCUCAACCUACAAGUACAGCAGGAACAAUGACAACUAGCACUACUGCAAACUCCACGGCAAAUCCAACCGAAGAAACGAUGACGAGUUCAACAUCGCCAACAGAGGGUGUUUCAACAUCGCCGCCAGGCAGUGCGGCAGUGGCAACAAGCACGACAACACCUCCAAGAGCUACAUCAGCGAUUGCGAGCACGACAGCCACGGCGCCUACACGUGGGGAAUCAACGACAGCCAGCACGAGGGGAGGUUCCGUGUCAGGUUUAGCCGCAACACCGACGGAAACUACACCGACCGCAGGAAUCACGGCUGUAGCAACGUCGACAAGCGCAUUAGAUACAUCACUAGUGGCCGUCGGUGCGUUUCCCAAUAACAGUCAAAUUACCAUAAAUGGAGCUAGUGUUGUUAACACCAAUGUUGAUGGGAACCCAGGUAGUUGCAAUGUGAGCGUUGUCUGCAACGAACAAGGCUGGCUCUGUCGAUGA